AUGGAUGCGCGACUUCCUGUGGGACGUCACGUGGUAGAAUCCAGUGGUGCUCUGAUGUUGAAAGACGUUAAGCCUGGGGACGAGGGAGUCUACAACUGCAGAGUCGAAAAUUUUCUCGGGAGCGUUAACGCUUCCUUGAAUGUCACUGUACAAUGUAAGUUCAAUUGUUUCUUUCCUAAAAAAGCUGAAAACCUUUAACGUACUUCGUGCAUUUUCCUACACAUAUUAGGUUAUUCAAACAUAACAGGAUUAAAUUCAAUGAUUGGCAGCAUUAUUGGCGCUGUUUAGCAUCUACACUGGGGCUAAAUACUUUAAAGAAAAUCGGGUUUUUAUUGCAGCAAUAGCAGUAUCUCAUGCUUUGGAUCAUGUUAGCGGUCUGUGUACAUAAAAUGUUCAGUCGUUCAAAGGCAUAUGUCACUUUCGCUGUUAGAUAAGUCUCUGUCCACUGAUAAUGAAAUACCGAGUUUCGCUUGUACUUAUCUACUAAAUAGCGACUUACUCCAUGGGUAGCACUCUCCAACUUUUAAACAAGCGGGGCCAGCAAACGAAAUAAUUCAAUGUUCUUGGAUUAAUAAUUUGUUUUACAUUAACUUCUCUAAAUAAAAGCCACAAAAUGCCCGUUUUACUUGCAAAAAUCAUACGUUUCUCUGUUUCCCAUUAGUUGGUCCGCAUGUCUCAUUAUCCUCUAAGCGACUGAUGGCUGAAGAGACACAAAACGUCAGUAUCGCCUGCAAUGCUACUGGUCGGCCUUCGCCUCUGAUCACGUGGUCCAAGUUAGUCGGCAGUCUAGCUAAAGACGGAAUUAAAGCGCAGGGUGGAACCCUGAAAAUCAACAAUGUUACUAGAAAAGAAGGUGGUAUAUACAUUUGUAAAGCAGAGAAUAUUCUAGGGUCAGCAACAGACACUGCCCAGCUCAUGGUUUUUUCUCCUUUGCGGUUCACAGUCCGUCCUCCACAGGAAGUGACUCCUUUCAUUGGUUCAACUCUCCGUUUGUCAUGUUCGGCCGAAAGUGACCUGAGUCCUACAACAUACUGGAGAAAGGAAGGGAAGUCUUCGCUUUCGUUGAACUCCAAUGUUCUUUUGAAUGGAACACUGGUUCUUCAGACCAUCAAGAAAACUCACGAAGGAUCUUACGUCUGUAAAGCGAGCAAUGCCCUGACCACAAUAGAAGCUAAAGUUAAAAUAAAUUCUCAGAUUGCUACUUCCUGUUCUGUGAUAAAGAAAUACGUUAGCAGUGUAAGUGGAAAUUACGUCAUUGACCCAGAUGGCGAAGGAGGUCUGGCACCAUUCUCGGUUUUCUGUGACAUGACUAAUAAAAGUGGAGUUGGCGCGACAGUUAUUAGUCACGACAGUGAGAGCAGGACACAUGUUAAAGGAUAUGAAAGGCCAGGUAGCUACUCACGUGACAUUCAUUACACUGGAGCGAAUCUGUCUCAGCUGGCGAAUCUAACCAGGGUCUCCUUGCAAUGUGAGCAGUUUAUCAAGUAUGAGUGUCAUGGCUCGAUUUUCUGGUUUCCUCAUCAAGCAGACUCAUGGUGGGUGUCACGCGAUUCUGAAAAAAUGACGUAUUGGGGUGGAGCAUCACCUGGCAGUGGUAAGUGCGCAUGCGGGAUGAACAACUCUUGUGCAGACCCCAGUACUGUUUGUAACUGUGACAAGAAUGACCUUGUAUGGCGCGAGGACAGCGGUCUCCUCACUGACAAGUCAAAGCUUCCUGUAAAACAGCUCAGGUUUGGUGAUACUGGUCAUGGAGGUGAAGAAAGCUACUACACACUAGGUAAACUGAAAUGCUUUGGUAUUGCAUAA